AUUUACAUUUUUUCGAACUCAACGCAAAUCAAUAGUUAGCUUUUUCAAAAAUUUCAAAAUUUCAGAAUUUCAAAAUUUUUGUGCCCGAAUUUUCCGUCAGCAAUGUUGAUGCUCCUGUCAGCGAUACUAAUAAUUCAUAUUAUCUUAUUGUUCCCAUUAACAUUGGCAUAUAUCGGUAAUGAAACCAGAAUUAUAAACGGGUUUGAUUGCGACCUUGAGCAGGUUCCAUAUCAGGCCUCUCUGCGUCGACUCAGUCAUGAUCGCAAGAGAUUGGGCAGUGGCCAUUACUGUGGUGGGAGUAUUCUUAGCCGUCGAGUGAUUGUCACAGCAGCCCAUUGCAUAAAGGGGGAAAAUCCUAAAACGACAUUGGUUGUAAUAGGGAACAAGUACCUUAACCUCAGAAGUCGAACAAUGAAGGUGUUCAAAAUCUCACAAUGGCUCAGCCAUAAGGAGUAUCAUCGAUAUAGAAACGAUAUUGGAUUGAUCUUCACUGCUGGCGAUAUGGAACCCGAAUAUGGAGCUGUUGCAUUUCUGCCUCUCAACACGGAGCAGUUACACGAGGGUACCCGCUGUCUACUGUCCGGCUGGGGUCGAUCUGAUCACUUUAUUGCAAGUUCUACGAAUUCUCUGCAAGGAUUAAUCGUACCGAUUAUCAAUGCCGAGACUUGUGACAAGCUUUUUCAUAUACCUGGUACCAUUUGCGCCGGAUUUGAUACGACGACUGGGCCCAGCUUUGGUGAUUCAGGUGGACCCUUGAGAUGCGAUGAUAAACUGGCGGCUGUCGUCUCCGUGGGAAGAGUUAGUGGUGGUCCAAGCGCGUAUUCAAGUAUGCAGUAUCAUGCGAAUUGGAUAAACGAACAGAGUAAUUCCUUGUACAAUGGAAUAUUGUCGCUUCGAUCGUUUUGCAUCCAGAGAGAAGUUGUGUUGGCUUUCAUCAUCUAUGUGGCUUUUAUCUAAGUCGGCUAACACUUAAGACGUGAAAGUGUCUUUUUCUUAUUUAUGUGUUUGAGUCAAUCGUUUUGCUAAAAUGUAUUUAACAUGCGGAUGGAUGCGUAAUAGACCCCAUAAGAAUUUUUAUGUGCGAAUUUUCCGUCAGCAAUGUUGAUGCUCCUGUCAGCGAUACUAACGAUUCAUACCAUCUUAUUGUGCCCAUUAACAUUGGCAUAUAUCGGUAAUGAAACCAAAAUUGUAAACGGGUUGAUUGCGACCUUGAAGAGGUUCCAUAUCAGGUCUCUCUGCGUCGACUUCAUCAAGAGCUGGAGCAAUUGGGCAGUGGCCAUUUUUGUGGUGGGAAUAUUCUUAGCCGUCGAGUGAUUGUCACAGCAGGCCAUUGCAUAAAGAAGGUAUAUUUGAGGGGG